AUGCUGACAUCUCGACAGCGAGGGUAUCAUAUCACUGCUACCGUACGAUCUCAUGAGAAAAUCGACGCCAUUCUCAAGACCCACCCGUCUUGGAAAAAUAACAUAGAUUUCACGGUAGUAGCGGAUUUCACUACGGAGGAGCCGUUUGAUGAUAUUUUUCACAAUACAACCAAGCCAUUCGACUAUGUCAUUCAUACGGCCUCACCACUAAGGUUUCAGGUCAACGAUAUUCGGAAAGAGAUGAUCGAGCCAGCUGAGAUGGGAACCACCAAGAUUCUGAGAGCGGCUCAGAAGUACGGCGGCUCUUCACUGAAACGCUUUGUCCUGCUUGGCAGUGCAGUUGCUGUCUUGAAUUCGUUCGAAGACAUGACGAAAGAAGGGAAGCCGUACACGGAGAGAGAUUGGAAUCCGGUCACUACAGAGCAAGCAGUCGAACGAAAGGACCCUGUCCUCGGAUACAACGUAUCAAAGACCCGAGCUGAGGCUGAUGCAUGGGAACUCAUGAAAAGCAAUAAGCCAACUUUUGAUCUGGCGGUUAUCAAUCCAGAUAUCAUCAUCGGUCCAAUGAUCCACCCAAUUUCAGGACCACGUUCCAUCAACCAGACCAAUCAAUUUGCUAUUGCCAGCUUUAUCGAUGGAACACACAAGGAUAUCGAGGGUCUCACUUUCCCUUUCUAUCAUUUUGUGGACGUUCGGGACGUUGCUCGAAGUCAUGUCGAUGCACUGACGAAUCCUGCCGCGUCUGGCCAGCGCAUUCUGCUUAUAGCAGGUCUGAUUUCGCCGCAGCUGGUCGUGAACAUCAUCAGAGAGAAUUUCCCCCAGUUGAGAGAACGUGUCCCUGAAGGAAACCCUUCUCAGAUCCUUCCCCCCGGAAUUCAUCCGACUGGAUGGGACAUGCGUGUCAGCAUUGACAUUCUGGCGAAAGGCACCAAUGAGAAAAGAUGGAAUUAUAUAGAUCUAAAGCAGAGCGUUAUUGACACGGUGAAUUCUAUGCUUGAGCAUCGUGUGAUUUAA